AUGAACGAGGUCGCCGUUGUCGAAGCAGACGUGCGCAUUCGCGAGGCAGCUGCUCAAGCAUGUAGCGAGCACGAUGAGGCAACGUAUCUCAUGACACAUCGCACAGAGAUUAGCGCCAUCCAUGAGUACAAUCGAACUUCUCUUCACAGUACUAUCUUUCAAAUUUUCAGGGAAAAUCAUGGAAGCGACCUUGUCACGGAGCUCCAGCAGUCUUACCAGUGCGUGGCUACAGUUACGCAUAAAAGCCCACUUUUUCUCUUAGAGGGAGGAACGAUCGAAUCUGAGGCGAACGAGACGCUCAUAAUUAUUCCCCUUGGUUACAUAUCAACCUAUCCAUCAACACCAAAACCAGCUACCGGAUGUAUCGUAGCGGACCGUGAUGGAUAUUACGAGCCUGUCAUUCUCGCUUUGUCUACUCUGAGCAGCAAGUGGUCAAUUCUGAAGUGGGAGACUGGGACAUUCAUACGGGUUCCACCAGGUAGUCAGUUGAAGGUGGAAUCUGGAAUCGUUUUCUUCUUGCUUCUGAGCAUAAAUCUCCAGCCGUUUCAUCCAGGGGAAUUACCGCUCACUGCCCCGCAAUAA